CGGGGCCCGCAGGUGAUGCGCCGCGCCGGGUGGCCCCGCGGCCCUCGGGGCCCCGCUAGGAUGCUGCUGCUGCUCGCGUUGGCCUGCGCCAGCCCCUUCCCGGAGGAGGCACCGGGGCUGGGCGGGGGCCCCGGGCCGGGCGGGGGCGCGGGCGGGGCGCGGCCGCUCAACGUGGCGCUCGUGUUCUCGGGGCCCGCGUACGCGGCUGAGGCGGCGCGCCUGGGCCCGGCGGUGGCGGCGGCCGUGCGCAGUCCGGGCCUGGACGUGCGGCCGGUGGCGCUGGUGCUCAACGGCUCGGACCCACGCAGCCUCGUGCUGCAGCUCUGCGACCUGCUGUCGGGGCUGCGCGUGCACGGCGUCGUCUUCGAGGAUGACUCACGCGCGCCCGCCGUCGCGCCCAUCCUCGACUUCCUCUCGGCCCAGACCUCGCUCCCCAUCGUGGCCGUGCACGGCGGAGCUGCGCUCGUGCUCACGCCCAAGGAGAAGGGCUCCACUUUCCUGCAGCUGGGCUCCUCCACGGAGCAGCAGCUUCAGGUCAUCUUCGAGGUGCUGGAGGAGUACGACUGGACGUCCUUCGUGGCGGUGACUACGCGUGCCCCCGGCCACCGCGCCUUCCUGUCCUACAUCGAGGUGCUGACCGACGGCAGCCUGGUGGGCUGGGAGCACCGCGGGGCGCUGACGCUGGACCCUGGCGCAGGCGAGGCGGUGCUGAGCGCGCAGCUCCGCAGCGUCAGCGCGCAGAUCCGUCUGCUCUUCUGCGCGCGCGAGGAGGCUGAGCCUGUGUUCCGGGCCGCCGAGGAGGCAGGCCUCACCGGGGCCGGCUACGUGUGGUUCAUGGUGGGACCCCAGCUGGCCGGAGGCGGGGGCUCAGGGGCCCCCGGGGAGCCCCUUCUUCUGCCAGGAGGCGCCCCACUGCCCGCAGGGCUGUUUGCAGUGCGCUCGGCGGGCUGGCGGGACGACUUGGCCCGGCGGGUGGCAGCUGGGGUGGCUGUGGUGGCCAGAGGUGCCCAGGCCCUGCUGCGGGACUACGGCUUCCUGCCCGAGCUGGGCCACGACUGCCGCGCCCAGAACCGCACCCACCGCGGGGAGAGUCUGCAUCGGUACUUCAUGAACAUCACCUGGGAUAACCGGGACUACUCCUUCAAUGAGGAAGGCUUCCUGGUGAACCCCUCCCUGGUGGUCAUUUCCCUCACCAGAGACAGGACUUGGGAGGUGGUGGGCAGCUGGGAGCAGCAGACUCUCCGCCUCAAGUACCCGCUGUGGUCCCGCUAUGGCCGCUUCCUGCAGCCGGUGGACGACACGCAGCAUCUCACGGUGGCCACGCUGGAAGAGAGACCCUUUGUCAUCGUGGAGCCUGCUGACCCCAUCAGCGGCACCUGCAUCCGAGACUCCGUCCCCUGCCGGAGCCAGCUCAACCGCACGCACAGCCCUCCACCGGACGCCCCCCGCCCGGAAAAGCGGUGCUGCAAGGGCUUCUGCAUUGACAUUCUGAAGAGACUGGCGCACACCAUCGGCUUCAGCUACGACCUCUACCUGGUCACCAAUGGCAAACACGGGAAGAAGAUCGACGGCGUUUGGAACGGCAUGAUUGGGGAGGUGUUCUACCAGCGCGCAGACAUGGCCAUCGGCUCCCUCACCAUCAACGAGGAGCGAUCUGAGAUCGUGGACUUCUCUGUGCCCUUCGUGGAGACAGGCAUCAGCGUCAUGGUGGCCCGCAGCAAUGGCACUGUGUCCCCAUCUGCCUUCCUCGAGCCCUACAGCCCGGCUGUGUGGGUAAUGAUGUUUGUCAUGUGCCUCACCGUGGUCGCCGUCACCGUUUUCAUCUUCGAGUACCUCAGUCCCGUGGGUUACAACCGCAGCCUGGCCACGGGCAAGCGCCCUGGUGGCUCAACAUUCACCAUUGGGAAAUCCAUCUGGCUGCUCUGGGCCCUGGUGUUCAAUAACUCGGUGCCUGUGGAGAACCCCCGGGGAACCACCAGCAAAAUCAUGGUGCUGGUGUGGGCCUUCUUCGCCGUCAUCUUCCUCGCCAGCUACACAGCUAACCUGGCCGCCUUCAUGAUCCAGGAGGAGUAUGUGGACACCGUGUCUGGGCUCAGUGACCGCAAGUUCCAGCGGCCCCAGGAGCAAUACCCACCCCUGAAGUUUGGGACGGUGCCCAACGGGUCCACGGAGAAGAACAUCCGCAGCAACUACCCCGACAUGCACAGCUACAUGGUGCGCUACCACCAGCCCCGUGUGGAGGAGGCCCUCACACAGCUCAAGGCAGGGAAGCUGGACGCCUUCAUCUAUGACGCUGCCGUGCUCAACUACAUGGCACGCAAGGACGAGGGCUGCAAGCUGGUCACCAUCGGCUCUGGCAAGGUCUUCGCCACCACUGGCUAUGGCAUCGCCCUCCACAAAGGCUCCCGCUGGAAGCGGCCCAUCGACCUGGCACUGCUGCAGUUCCUGGGGGACGAUGAGAUCGAGAUGCUGGAGCGGCUGUGGCUCUCCGGGAUCUGCCACAACGACAAGAUCGAGGUGAUGAGCAGCAAGCUGGACAUCGACAACAUGGCCGGGGUCUUCUACAUGCUGCUGGUGGCCAUGGGCCUCUCCCUAUUGGUCUUCGCCUGGGAGCACCUGGUGUACUGGCGCCUGCGGCACUGCCUGGGGCCUACGCACCGCAUGGACUUCCUGCUGGCCUUUUCCAGAGGCAUGUACAGCUGCUGCAGCGCUGAGACCGCCCCGCCGCCUGCCAAGCCGCCGCCGCCACCGCAGCCUUUGCCCAGCCCUGCCUACCCCGCGGCGCGCCCCGCACCAGGCCCGGCGCCCUUCAUGCCCCGCGAGCGCGCCGCCGUGGACCGCUGGCGCCGGGCCAAGGGCGCGGGGCCGCCGGGGGGCGCGAGCUUGGCCGACGGCUUCCACCGCUACUAUGGCCCCAUAGAGCCGCAGGGCCUGGGUCUGGGCGAGGCGAGGGGGGCGUCCCGGGGCGCGGCCGGGCGCCCGCUGUCCCCGCCGGCCGCGCAGGCCCCGCAGAAGCCCCCGCCCUCCUACUUCGCCAUCGUCCGCGACAAGGAGCCGGCCGAGCCCGCUGCGGGCUCCUUCCCCGGCUUCCCGUCGCCGCCCGCGCCCCCAGCCGCCGCCGUCGUCGGGCCGCCGCUGUGCCGCCUGGCCUUCGAGGACGAGAGCCCGCCGGCGCGGUGGCCGCGCGCGGACCCCGAAAGCCAGCCGCUGCUAGGCCCGGGCGCGGGCGGCGCGGGGGGCGCAGGGGGCGCCUCGAUGUGGCUCACCGGGCCCUCGCGCCACGCUCGCCGGUGCCCACAUGCCGCGCACUGGGGACCGCCGCUGCCCACUGCGCCCCACCGGAGACACCGGGGCGGGGAGCUGGGCACGCGCAGGGGCUCGGCGCACUUCUCUAGCCUCGAGUCCGAGGUAUGA